UUUAAGUCACAGAGCCAAUGUUUCUUCACGGAAAGGCAAUGUAUGUUUCCUCAUGGAGAAAUAUGUGUUGAUUACUCAAAUAUCAAAACAUAAGAUAACCAAGGUUAGAAAAUGACUCUGAAGGAGAAAGAGAAUGAGCUUUGUGCAAAGCACUCUCACCACAAGCAAUCGCUAAAUGUAUCACAUAAAGUUAGAAUGAAGAACAUAAUGGCCACAAUGGGCGCCAGGUUGGUAAAGUAAUGAAUGUGUCAUAAUGCUCAAUUGCUAAUAAUUAAAAUGAUUAUAAUGUAUUGUGAGUUUCCUAUUAGUUUGGUCAUCAUAGAAUAUGAUUCAGAGAGAGAAGUGUUGGAAUAUUUAUUUGGCACCAUCAUAACAUGUGAAACACAUAAAAUAAAUAUUUUUGAUGUAAACAUUUGAUCUGGUUUAAUAUGUAAAUGAAUACAUUCUAAAAUUAAAACUUCCAACCAUUCUUUUCCAUAAGUAAAAUGUACAACUCUCUCUAACUCUAUGUCCCUUGAAUGUCCCAUGACUGGACCGUGGGGAUUUAUGUUAUGGUGAAAAUCAUUUUUAAAUCUGCAAGCUUCCUACGGCUCAAUUGUAGGUGAUUAAACUGUCAUUAAGAGCUUGAAUUGGAAUGAACUCUCUCACUGUGGAGCCUUGUCCUGUAUUCCAUGCUCACAAUGAUGUAGCAUUAAAAAAAAGGGAAUUGCUUUUUUGGUUGGAACAACUGCGAUAGCUAAGAUUCACUCUCAAAUCUCACCUCGAAUAAUUCGCUCAAUGCCAUUUUCUUUUUUGGCCACCCAUGUUGUUUAAUCCAAAAUAAAAUAUUGUAUUUGUUACAUUGUUUAAACAGCUGCCUGUUUAGUUGCUUAUUUACUUUACUUUCUUUGCCUUCCUUUUCUUUCCUCACUUCCUCUCUUUCCCCUCCCUUCAACACCCCCCCAUAUCCAUUCCCACACCCUGUGCUCCUCUCCUCCUAUUCUUCUUUAUCUCCUCCCCUCUGGUCACCACCUUCUCCAUUUCCAAUUCUUCACCCCUGACAAAAUCCCCCCUUUUCCGUAUAGCUCCAUCUUUUGAGGUCACGUGGCAGCAGAUCGAUCUGGUCAUUGAUCAUCCAAUAUCUGAGUGGGCUUGCCUCUUAUUUCCAAACAGAUCAUUGAUCUAUAUCAGACCAUUAACCAAUCAUUAAUCUGGGUCCCUAUUUAAAUGGAGGCUGCUGAUUGGUUCAAUGGUGACCACUGGCCUGUGUGCAGCAACAAGAGGCAGAUUAUUUAAACAUGCGAUCCCUCAACAGCUCUUAAUGAUCUAAAUGGGUGUGCUUCAAUAUCAUUAAAUUAAAUAACCACAUUAAUAGCAGGUGGAUGUCUGGUUUAAUUUAAAAUUGAUUUCAGCGUCUACGCACGCACACUCACACAGAUACCACAGGCCCAAUCUAUAAUAAUAUCUCACAAAUGAUCCAGUAGUGCAGUGUUUUCUUGACGUUUAGAUCAUGCAUUGCAAGAAGAGCGUGCACACAUAGUGGUAUGGUAUGGGCCUAAAAUCCAACAGUUUCCUUCCUGAGCCUCCCUGCUCAGUGGUGACUGGUUUAAAAAAACAAAGGUGGAGAUUUUAAACAACAUCAGUGUGGACAGUUUGGCAUUUGCAGGAUGGUCUGCUGCGACGAAAAAAUGUACACUGGUUACAAAACCUUGUAAUUGGCUGACAAGGGUUGCUGACAUAAUAAUUUACCAUACGUGAAACACCCGGAUUCAUAUUGCGCUGGACACAUUAGUACCUGGACCAUUGCCCAUUGUAUGAUAGAUUGGUAAGCAUGCUGCAUGUGCUGAGACUGAAACAACAUAUGGUGUCUAUUCAUUCAUUUACCCGUGCACGCAUUCAUUCGUUCACGUCAGCCCCCGGACACUGUCAGAGGGGAUGGAGUGGAGAUAAAGUGAGGACGGGGUUAAAUCUCAUUGGAACUUGCGCAGUCAAAUCCACGGUGUCGUGCCGGAGGUCUCGCCGGUUACAAGUGUUGGUACAGGCGAUGACUCGAGCCGCGCGGACGCGCUCCGUAAAGCUUUUAGGGCCAACUGGAACAAAACAUGUUUUUCUUUUUUUUUCCCGUUUCGAGUACCGGAACUGAGUGAAUGUCACUCCUGCGCUCUGGAUGAUGAUGGGAUCGUUUUCCUUGGAAGGCAUCAAGCCAUCCGCUUUCUCCAGGGUUGAAUUGCACUGUUUGGGGAUGUGUUUGAUGCGCACUAACAUUGUUUUCCUCUUCUUCUGGGCUUUGAUUCACGUGGAAUAUAUGGAAAUAUUCCCAUUUGAUUCCGCAACCAGUUCACUAAUCAAGCUAGAAUGAUGAAAAUCGUUUGAGAUGAAAAAAAGCACUUUUGGGGAUAAUUGUCUGCUUGUGCGCGGCUCGUGCCUUUUCUUGCGCCUCGGCAGCCUGUUGUCCGUGUCCGGGGAGAAACACGCAACUUUGCCGCGAGCCGGAGCCGCGGCUGCAGCGGCGGGUUUGAGCGCCGCACGAGGGACACACGCACGGUGCCAGGAGGGGGACCAACGGAGCGGCCCCGGUGUUCCACCAUUGCGCGGUUGGACGGGGAUUCCGGUGCAGCUGUGGAGUGCAGAUGAUGAUGAAGACGGUGGCGAUGAUGGUGAUGAAUGGCCCGGAAGCCCGAGCAGGCACCGGGGUCUUAUUCUUACUGCUGUGCGCUCUAGUCUUUGACCCACCGUGCGCCCACGGUCACCCGCAGCCGUGCCAAGUACUGAAACGGAUCGGCCACACGGUUCGGGUCGGGGCUCUGGACGUUCAGCCCCGCUUGCUCUCCGCAACAGGGGGCGGCGGCGGCUCUGAGGAGUGGGACGCCGAUCGAGGUUUCCUCGGGAGUGAGGAGCGUCGGAUGGAGUUGGAAAAAGAGGGUAAAACAAGUGCCGGUGCGCCCGGACACGGGAGCCUCAGGACCAGAGGCACCGCUAAUAACCAGCGGGGAGCCAGCAGGGGCAGGAGCCAGGCACGGCAGCGGGAGGAGAACACCUCCAGGGAGAACCGGGUGUUCGCUCCCCGAGACUCGAUCCUCCUCGCCGUGGAGGCGAUCAACCGGGCCGGGCUGCUGCCGUUCAAUUUGUCAUUAGAGCUCGUCAUGGCCGUCGGGUCCGGACUCGGCGAGCUGCCCGCCUUCUCCGGCCCGUCCGCCGGCAGCCCCGAGGGCGAGGACCCCUUGUCCUUCGUCGAGAGUGUGUGUCACACGGUGGUCGUGCAGGGGGUUUCCGCCAUGGUCUCCUUCCCACGAAACCGGGACGAGUUCGUGAAGUUGGAGUUCGUCUCGCUGGCGCUGCAGGUGCCGGUGGUCAGCGUGGUGCAGAGGGAGUUUACGCGCCACAGUCAGAAUCCUCUCCAUUUCCAACUGGCGAUGCGGACCGUGGAGGCCCCACCAUCCCGUCUCCUCUCUACCCUGCUGAUGAUGAACGGCUGGUGGGACAUCAGCAUUUUGCUCUGUCAGGAAUGGGACAUUAGCGAUUUCCUCCUCCUCAUCAACAACAACUCCCGCUUCCACCUGGGCACGCUGGUCAAUCUGACAACUAUCUCCUCAACCUCAUCAUCGUCCUCAUCUUCGUCAACACCCUCGGGAGCGGCAUCAGAUGUGGCAGCAGGUGCAGAGGCGUCUUCGCCGUCUUUGCCUUACUUUUCCCCCGCCGGCUCCUCCUCCUCCUCCUCUUCUGCUUCUUCGUCCACGUCCUCCUCCAAAUUGGACCAGCAGCAGGUUCUGAUGCGGCAGCUGGAGGCCCUGAGAGAACAUUCGUCCACGAGGGGCGUGGUGACGUUCGGGUGCGAGAUCCGCGAGGUGCGGCGUCUGUGGACGCUGGCCAGUCGGAUGACGCUCCCGGAGUUUCACUGGGUUUUGGGGGACAGCCAGAACGUGGCCGAGCUGAGAACAGAGGGUUUGCCCCUGGGGCUGCUGGCACACGGAGUCAUGGAGGCCCCAUCUCUGGAUCACUUUGUCCACGACUCAUUGGAGCUAGUGGCGCGCGCUGUGGGCAGUGCGGCGCAGGAGAAUCCCGCUCUGGCUCUCAUACCCGGGACUACUAACUGUAUGGAUAUACUAAAGAGCAACGGCAGCUCAGGGGAGUACUUGUCAAGAUUUCUAUCCAACACGUCGUUUGAGGGCCAGACGGGUUUGAUAUCCAGAGACCCUCACAGCCAGAAUGUCAUCUCGGAGGCCCAUCAUUACAUCUGGUCCCUCCAGCUGGACCCUCUGGGGCAGCCCACCUGGACCCGCCUGGGCCGCUGGCGCAGCGGCGAGGUUCUGAUGGACCGCCGGGCCUGGCCAAGCCAUCAGGGAUCCGGGUCCGGAGGAGACUGGCGGCGGUCCGCGCGGCUGCACAUGCGGGUGGUGACUCUGGUGGAGCACCCCUUCGUAUUCACCCGGGAGGUGGACGGGGACGGCUUGUGUCCCGCGGGCCAGCUGUGCCUCGACCCGCUCACCAACGAAUCGUCGGUCCUGAAAGGAUUUUUCCAGAACCUCGCAGGACCGAACGGAUCCGUCCCGACGGAACUGAAGAAGUGUUGUUAUGGUUACUGCAUCGAUCUGCUGGAGAAGCUGGGAGAGGACAUGGGCUUCACUUUCGACCUCUACAUUGUAGGCGAUGGGAAGUACGGGGGCUUCAAGAACGGUCGCUGGACCGGAUUGGUGGGGGAUCUGCUCAGCGGCGCCGCCCACCUGGCGGUGGCCUCCUUCAGCAUUAAUUCAGCCAGAAGCCAGGUCAUUGACUUCACCUCGCCCUUUUUCUCCACCAGCCUGGGAAUUCUUGUUCGAACUCGAGACACUGCCGCACCCAUCGGUGCCUUCAUGUGGCCUCUCCAUUGGUCCAUGUGGCUGGGCAUCUUUGUCUCCCUCCACGUCACCGCUGUCUUCCUCACCCUGUACGAGUGGCACAGCCCGUUUGGCAUGACGCCUCGCGGACGCAACCGCGACCGAGUGUUCUCCUUCUCCUCGGCGCUCAACGUGUGCUACGCCAUCCUCUUCGGGAGAACGGUGGCCAUCAAGCCGCCAAAGUGCUGGACGGGCCGCCUGCUGAUGAACCUCUGGGCCAUCUUCUGUCUGUUCUGUCUGUCCACCUACACCGCAAAUCUAGCUGCCGUCAUGGUCGGGGAGAAGACCUAUGAACAGCUGUCAGGGAUCCAUGACCCAAAGUUACACCAUCCCUCUCAGGGAUUCCGAUUUGCUACGGUGAGAGAAAGCAGCGCAGAGGACUACCUCAAGAAGAGUUUCCCCGAGAUGCACGAGUACAUGAGAAGAUACAACGUGCCGGCGACCCCUGAUGGAAUUCAUCAGCUCAAGGCUGACCCUCAGAGACUGGAUGCAUUCAUCAUGGACAAAGCGCUGCUGGACUACGAGGUCUCCAUAGAUGCAGACUGUAAAACACUGACAGUGGGGAAGCCCUUCGCUAUAGAAGGCUACGGCAUCGGCCUGCCUCAGAACUCUGCCCUCACCUCCAACAUCUCGGAGCUGGUUAGUCAGUACAAGUCGGACGGCUUCAUGGACAUGCUGCACGACAAAUGGUACAAGGUUGUGCCCUGUGGGAAGCGCAGCUUCGCCGUGACCGAGACGCUGCAGAUGGGCAUAAAGCAUUUCUCUGGCCUGUUCGUGAUGCUCUGUGUGGGUGUGGCCUUGUCCCUUCUGACCACAGUAGCGGAACUCAUCGUCUACAAGCUGGUGAUCCCGAGGGUCAAGGAGCCACGCUUCAGAUAUUGGCUGCACACAAGCCAGAGAUUACACCGGGCCCUUAACUCAGUCUUCACUGAUGACAAACUACCAACUGUCACCAAGCAGGAGAAGAGGUGCAACGAGGGGAACAACCAGUCGGCAUCUUGGAAUCCCUCGGAGUCCUCUCACUGCAACAGACGUAGGAUCCUUCCGCAAGAGAUGCAGAAUGACCUGGAGCUCCCUUCCUCCCGGGAGCUUCCUUCAACGCCGUCCCCGUCUCCCCUGCCUCAUUCCCGCUCUCUCCCCCUCAUGGAGAAACACCCGCUCUUCGUCACCAACUCCAACGGUCGCUCGGACCUGUCAGGGCGGGGUCUGGGGUCAGGCCAGGGGGGCCCCGGGCCGGGCCUCGCCCGCUUGGGGGUGGGCGCCUUCGGCCCCGGAGCCGGUGCGGCUGUCGGCCGGAGCCCACUGGUUCAGGAGCUGUCGGAACUGGAGGGUCAGAUCCUCGCAAUCAAGCAGCAGUUGCAGUCCGCCAUGAGGAGGAAGCGAGAGCUAGAACAGUACCAAUCGGAGAACCAGCAAGCGAACCAGACUGCAUCAAGUCAGCCCACUGCCCACCAGUCCAACCAGUUUGUUCAGUACACCCAGUCGCACCAGCAGACCAAUCAACACACAAACACGCUCCCGGACUUCUGAAGCUCUUCUCCUUUGUUUCUGCCCAGAUGAACCUGGUUGGACAUGGGGACUUGUUUUCACAGCCCCCUGCAUGGGUGAAUGAGUUUUUGGAGUUGGGACAUUCACAGAUUUCUUGGCGUGGUGCUCAGGAGUUCCCCCUGAACGCCGGGCCGAAAAGUUCUGCAGAGAUUCGACCCUGAUCUGUAGCCCCGGCAGAGCGUCGUCUGACUUCGGGGGAAAGUGAGAUUCCCUUAGAGGAGACAAAGGUGACCCUGGGGCGCUGAACCUAAUCUGUUCUCACUAGCUUGUUGCUGUCACUGAGGUGCCGUGCGAAGCUUCCUCCUCCUCACCCCACCUUCCUCCCCUCCAUUUCUUUUUUCCAUCAAUGUCCAUUCCUCCUCCCCUUGCCCCUCCCUCCUUUCCCUUUCCCUCUACGCCUCAUGUACUUAAGCUUAAUGGUGCAAAUUCACCCGAGUCGUGCGUGGAGGGACGUCGGGAGUUUAAACGACCUGACGUUGAACCCACCCUUAAAUCUUAAGUCGUAUGGCCUCGUGCUGAAACCUUGUAUCUUUUGUGUGGAAGAGAAAUGAUUGUGAUUGUUUGAAAUACCAUGGAUGGCCUACAGUUUUUGGCCAUUGGCAAUGCAUUUGAUGAGGUUUACGUUGCUUUUUUAUUGUGCAUCUUUGUAAGGUUUUGGUGGCGCUGUUGUUAAGCGUAAAGAAAAAAAAUAUAAAGCUUCAGCAAAACAGCCCUAUGUUCUCUAAGAAAUCUGGUUGGCACUUUGCGUUGGAUCACAGGACGGGAUCUUAUUUUAGGGAUCACUGUAUAAAGUUGCCCUGCACUUCACAGACUCACUUCUAGUUCCUGAUAGGAAGCUGCACCUCCGAGUCGUCGGUUCACUGGUCACAGUUCAACUUGUGGACUGAGUGUUUUUGGUCUUCACAAUAGAUUUACAGAAAACAAAAGGGGAAGAAGUAACACAGAAUGAUAAUGAAUCCAAUAGUCUUCAGCCUUUUCAGUCAGGGAACCAAAACAGGACCUUUUUACACGGCCUCUUGAGAUCAUACCGCUGCAACACAGAACCAUUCUUUUCUCGGUACCAGGCCACAGUUGAAUAGUACAUGUAAACACAAACAUAGAGCACUUGUCAAACUCUCACAUUGUGUUUGAAUAUGAUGAUAAUUCACAACUGAACACACUGAAACGGUUCCUCUGUGACAAUACAUGUUUUCUCUUGCACUUUCUGUUGGCGUUUGGAUGUGUUCUGUUAUUAAAAAUGUACCUCUU